UUUCAUUUGAUUGUUAACACGAUGCGAUGGCAGUUGGCAAUUAUGUGGCUUUUCGCCUCGGCGUUUGCAGCACCUGUCAUAAAGUGGCGCCGCCAAAUAGUGACGCCGAAGCACUUGAUGGCACCACCUUUGUUACCCAUCGCACAGGACAAAGUUGUGGUCACCCCGCAGAAGCUUAGAGAAGUGGCUGACUUGAAGGCCAUGAUUCAAAAGGCCGUCGAUGAGAACACUUCCGUGGUGUCCGCUGCACCAUCAAAGGAUUUUCUAGCAACACUGGGUGGAAAUUGGGGAACACCUUUAUCCUUGCCUCCUUCCUGGACUGCGCCAGCCUUUAAUCUUAAGUUUUCUUGGCAUGGAUUUGGCUAACAACAUGCAUCAAAUUUGAUCAAAUUCGUAGCUCAUACUCGUAGUAUAAGUCAACAUUAAUCGAAGAGGUGCGGAAAUCGCAUAAGCUUCGAGCCGCGCCUUUUAAGGAACUGCAAGACGAGAGAUCAAAUGCGACCUCUGAUUAAUAAUUAAACAAGAGUCAAGCAGUGACUAGCAUUUGUAAGCUUUUAUUCUUCGUCCAAUCGACAUCAAAUCGGGGAGAAACUACGGAACGGAAUGGUCUAGCGAAUCUUUUAUGUCAUGAAUUGAUAAUGAAUGUUUGUCCUGUACAAAAUCAUCUUAAAUAACUACAUAAUAAUUUUAGUUAUAUAUAUAAGGUACCGUGAACAACAAAAAAGCUCUAAAAUAUGUUUAACAUUAUUUAAUAAAUCUGUGUUUCUACGUGGAAUCGCAACUGAAAAUAAUUUACAUUUCAUAGGUUAAUGGAGACAACAACAAUAUAUGUUGUAUAACUAGGACAUGUUCAUUCCAAUAUAUCAAUAUACAUACAUAUACGUAUGGUUAAAGCUUAUAUAGUAGCUAAAUAUAUUUUAGGUGUUGACGCACAAUACAUCAUUUUCUAAUUUUUUCUAAUGCGGCUUUAUAAGUUUUGUUCCCAUUGCAGU